GAAUUUAUUCAUUUCACAAGUCAAAAUGGCCGACUUCGGCCAACUCCCGUUUUAUGCCCUGUGUGUGGGUUUGCUGUUUUUAACAUACAGAGAUUUCACCUCGUCGCAAGAAUCUUACUCUGUACAGAAAGACAUCAAAGCUCCAAAGCUUUCAAAUUUUGCUGGUCCCACGCUUAAAUUUAUGUUUUGCUACACCUGAGGGUACCGGAAGGUGUUUGAGCAGUACGCUCAAGCACUUCACGAGAGGUUCCCGGCACUGACGAUUGUUGGCGACCAUUACCCGCCUCCAGUGGUCCGGUCGAGCCUCGCUCAGGCUCUCGGAAUCAUCAAGUUUAUCCUCAUUGGCCUCGUUGUGACAGGAUACAAUCCAUUCCCCUCCCUCAACCUACAGACACCAAGUAUUUAUACUUGGGCAACAGAAAACAAGCUCUACGCCUGCCUCAUGUUGUUUUUCAUCUCAAAUGCCAUUGAAGGGCAGUUGAUUUCUACUGGUGCUUUCGAAAUAUCAUUCAAUGAUGUUCCAAUUUGGUCAAAGUUAGAAACGGGCCGCAUUCCAUCUCCCAGUGAAAUGUUUCAAAUGAUUGAGAACAAUCUCCGAUAUGUACAGUCGAAUUCGUAGCUCAAAAUGUGAUGAGGAACCAUUUGACCAGGAAGUUCAGCAUGAGCACCCAGCAAGACAGCUAAUCACCAACUGACCUGGAUCCGUGCAGACUUAAGUCCCAAUGAAGGUCGUCACUGAAAGUAGAUCCAUCUGCCUGUGAGGACUGGAUGUCUUGAUUUGAAGUCUCCUGGACAGAGGCCACCAGGAAUUUCCUGUCUUACCUGCUUUCUUCUGCUGCAUUUCUUGGUUCGAGUAGUUUCUGUGAAGUUAAUCACAGCUCAGAAGAGAAAGGAAUGAAAGGUGUGAAGUUGAAAGAGCGAGUGGGUUUUGGUUUUGUUUUGUUUUUUUACUUCAUUUUGACUGGAUGUGUGCACCCUACUCAGAGUUUGUGAUUUGUGGGAGCGUCGAAUGGUUUGUGUGGGUAUGUUUGGUUAUUGAGAGAGAGAGAGAAAAAA